UACUGUAAACAAAUUAAAUUUUUUCAUAGAUACCGUCCUUAUUAAGUAUUUGUGAUGUCAAUAUAUUGUUAUAGUGUCUAUAUGCCGUAACAUAUGAACGCGCUUCUUCAUAGAUAGGUGUUGGUGACGUGGAUAACACUGCAAAGUAAAUCGUGGUCUGCCUGAAUUAUUAAUUCAUUGAUUAUGGCACCGUCGUUGAGAUGGAGUGAUCCAAAAAUAAAGUGCUACUUUGAGAAACACGAUGUUCCGGGAUUGUUUGAGAGCUUGCUGACAGCUCUGCUGGUCAUGUGUCCGCCGGACCCCGAACGAUUCGUGAGUGACUGCCUCCAACAUUUACUGCUCACUCACACCACGCAUGUGUCGCCCGAUUACUUCAUAGCCGAAGACAUCAAGCGCAGUGCCACGAAAAAACAAGUAACAAUCGCCGAUGACGAAGAUGUGCCCACACCGGAGAUGCUCGUACUGGCAUACACAUUCCUCAACAAGUUGUACUUAAGCAGAACAUUUAGGGCGUGGAGAACGUACACUGUGACGCAGAAAGCCUGGAAAAAGGCGUGCUGCAAAGUGCCAUCCUUCAUGCAAGCAAGCGUCGAGAGCAACGGUUGCUCGAUAUUUUCUACGGUGGAUCAAAUGGGUGAAGUUUCGACAGAGAAGAAGGAAAGGUAA